CGUAAGUUCCCUACCUUCGAAACGAACUUAGAGAGGCACAAAGUAUAGAAGAAGAGCGGCAGCAAGAAGGAAGAAGAAGAAGAAGAUUGUUCUGCUAAGAUGCCAUUAAUGGACACAGCAACAGUCACUCUCAGAACUUUAAACCCAUUUCCCCCUUUUCAACUACGCUCAUCGAGGCCUCAUCAUCUUCUUCGCCCUCACUGCUUCUCCCAUUUCACCAACAAACAGCACAAUCCAUCUUCUUCCUCCUCCUUCCACCGGCUUCUCCCCUUCUGCUCCUUAUUUUGGUUUUGCUGUGUUAAUGGCGCAGCUGAAAGAGUGGAGGGUUCUGGUUCCCUUCCGAGUGGUGUUGGUGAGGCCGUUAAUGGGGUUUCCCAGCCAAAGCUUCUUCAAGUUGUAUUAGUUUCUCCCUUGAUUCCUGGGAACACUGGUAGCAUUGCCAGAACAUGUGCGGCAUCAGCUGUUGGACUACAUCUAGUUGGGCCAUUGGGAUUUAAGGUAGAUGACACGAAGUUAAAGCGGGCUGGUUUGGAUUAUUGGCCAUACGUCGUCGUUAAAAUUCAUCACACGUGGGCAGACUUUCGAGACUACUUUAUGAAACAGGAAGGAGAAAAGCGGCUGCUAGCAUUUACAAAGAGAGGAACUACACUUCACUCGGAUUUUUCAUACAAGCGGGGCGAUUACUUGUUGUUUGGCUCGGAAACUAGUGGCUUACCAGCCGAAGCUCUUGAGGACUGCAAAAACCAGCCAUUUGGGGGAGGGACUUUAAGAAUUCCAAUGGUUGAAACUUAUGUUAGAUGCCUCAAUCUCUCGGUAAGUGUUGGUAUUGCCAUAUAUGAAGCUUCAAGACAACUAAAUUACGAGCAACUACAGCAGGUUGGAUCAGAGAGUUGUACUGGCAAUGAACAAUCUAUCAUUACAGAAGAUCUUUUUGCUUGAUUCUUGGAUAUGAAAUUUUGUACCAUUUUAAAUUUAUUUGGAAACUAUAACAGAAACAUUGUUUACCCUAUGGUCUUAAAGUUGAUUCAUUGCAUGAUGCUGUUAUAUUGCUGUUUUGUUAUA